UUUCGAACCUUGUUCUGAUGAUCCCUCCUUUGCCUCACCUCUUUCGCUCCCUAGCAUUCUUCCCUUUUAGCAGUCUCCGUUCUACACAAUACACACUCCCAAAAUAUUACUAACUGACAAAACUAAGGGGCAUCACCCGUGACGAAGCUACGUAUCCGGACGCCGAAACCUUCAACCCGGCCCGCUGGCUCGACCCGUCCUUCCCGACCUUCCGCGAGCCCCUGACGCAGUACCCCAACCUGAGCGGCUUCUCGCAGUUCGGGUUCGGCCGGCGCACGUGCCAGGGCGUCCCCAUCGUCGAGCAGGAUCUGUUCCUGACCAUGGGCGGUAUGGCGUGGGGGUUCAACAUCGGCAAGAAGCGCGACCCCCAGCACGCGGGCCGCGAGCUGGCCGUCCACUGGAACGACUAUACGCCCCUCCUCAUCGCCAAGCCCUCCAUCUUCCCCUUCGAGGCGACGCCCCGGUCCCCGGAGAAGGCCGGGCGCAUGCGCGCCAUGUACGGAGCCUCGGUUGCCGCCGGCCGGCUCCCCCGAGACAUGGACCUCGGCCAGUUCCGGGACGAGCUGGGCGAUCAAGUCUACUGCGACGUCGACGACGAUCUUAUGCGUUGCGAGCAGGAGGAGGAGAGGGAGGAGGAGGAGGCCGGGAAAGCCAGGGACGUGCCGGCGGUCGGUGGAGGCGAGCAAGAUGAACACAACGGGGAGAUGAAAGAGGCCGAAGUGAUGGGUCGCGAGGAGACCGGCGAGGUUGAGGAGAGCGGGGAGAAUGACAAGGCCGGGGAUGUGGACCUGUCUGAACCACGAUUCUCGCCCAAGUUUCAACGCCAUUCCCCGUCCUGCUCCGGCAGAGAGCGUCCGUCACCGAUCAGGUUUGUGGAGGUCGCUCCGGAUGUUGGUGGAGAGAACUGGUGAAUGAUGGCGAGUGUAUGAGGAAGGGGUGGUGAAGCAACUCGGUG